AUACAGCUCCUUAUUACCUCAGUGACAACCGUUACAACCUACACCCAACUAGGAGAGAGAAGAUUACCCCCCAAACUUUGGAGUUUUUUAUCCAUUUAUUUCUCAACACGUGUCUUUCUUAUUCCUACCACACUCUCACACUUUUUCACCCCUUGCGCAUUUUAUCCUACCACCUUACUAUCCCACUAAAAUGCGCUUUAUUCCUAUUUUUUUUUUUUCCUUUUUUAUAAAAAAAAUAUAAAAUUGGAGAAACUUUCUCUUUCAAAGGAGAUUCACUACCUUUAUUUUCUCUUUUUAUAAAAUUUCAUUUUCUCUUCCCUUAAAAAAAAAAAAAAAAAAAAAAAUUCAUUUUCCCUUUUUAUUUAUUUAUUUUUAAAGAAUUUUAAGGAAAAAAAAACAGGGAAGAAAGAAUCCCCUGUAUAAAAACAGAGCAAUAGAUAAACAGAGGAAAGAGAAAAUAAGGAAGAGGGUUUUCUGGGGUUAUGGUUAUGGCGCCACUGAUGCUGCAGUUUAUAGAGAUUCGUGUCGGAAGGGUUUAAUUUUUCCUUUUUUUAUUUAUUUUUAAAAAAGGGAUUAUUUAUUAUUUUUAAAAAUAUUUAUAAAUACUCUGUUAUUUCACCUCACUCCCACCUCCUUACUCAAAACUUAGAAAUACAAACAAAAAAACUCAUUCAUUCAAGAAAACUUGAGGUACCCUAUUCAAGAAUCGUUGUUAAUUUUAAUGGAGUCUAGCAUGAGUUUUUCACAAGAUAUGGAUGAUGAGUAUGAAAAACUCAUAAGAAGAAUGAACCCACCAAGGGUGGUGAUUGAUAAUGAAAGUUGCAAGAAUGCAACAGUGAUACAGGUUGAUAGUGCAAACAGGCAUGGAAUACUUCUUGAAGUUGUUCAAAUUCUCACUGAUCUUAAUCUUGUCAUAACCAAAGCUUAUAUUUCUUCUGAUGGUGGAUGGUUCAUGGAUGUUUUUAACGUGACUGAUCAAGAUGGGAACAAAAUUACAGAUGAAGAAAUCAUUGAUUACAUUCAAAAGUCUUUAGGCCCUGAUUCAUCAUGUUUUGGAAGAUCUGUUGGAGUUCUUUCAUCAACAGAUUACACUACUAUUGAGUUAAUUGGGAGAGAUAGGCCAGGACUUCUCUCUGAGCUAACUGCUGUGCUGUCUCACCUGAAAUGCAAUGUGGUGAAUGCUGAAGUCUGGACUCACAACACGCGAGCAGCAGCCGUAAUGCACAUAACCGAUCAAGGAACCGGUUACGCGAUUGAUGACUUAGACAGGUUGUCUAGGAUCAAGGAACUUCUAUGCAAUGUGCUUGGCAGUAGUCACUCUAGGGAAGCUAAGACUGAGGUGACUCAUGUUGCUACACACGCAGAAAGGAGACUGCAUCAGAUGCUGUUCGACGAUAGAGACUAUGAGCAAGUUGGUGAAGAGGAGGAUGAAGAUGAGAGGCAGAGGCCGAAUGUGAGUGUUGUCAAUUGGUAUGACAAAGAUUACUCGGUGGUCAGUAUUCGUUGCAAGGACAGACCGAAACUUCUCUUUGAUACGGUCUGCACGUUGACUGAUAUGCAAUACGUCGUUUUCCAUGGUAGUGUGGAUGCUGAAGGGCCUGAAGCUUAUCAGGAAUUCUACAUUAGGCAUGUUGAUGGCUCCCCUGUUAAAUCAGAGGCAGAAAGGCAAAGAGUCAUCCAAUGUCUUGAAGCUGCUAUAAAGAGAAGAGUUUCUGAGGGACUGAAGUUAGAGUUAUGCACAACAGACAGGGCUGGACUGUUAUCUGAUGUCACUCGAAUUUUCCGAGAGAACAGCCUGACAGUAACUCAAGCAGAAGUCACAACAAGAGGAGGCAAAGCAGUUAACAUCUUCUAUGUACGCGAGGCCUCAGGGUAUCCUGUCGAUGCCAAGGUGAUCGACUCAAUAAGGCAAGUGAUCGGGCAAACGAUUCUAAAAGUGAAGGGAAACAACUCGAAAGAACGGAAACAAAAAGUUGCUCAAGAGUCUCAAUCUAAGUUCUUAUUCGGAGGUCUCUUCAAGUCUAGAUCAUUUUGUAAUUUCGGCUUGGUUAGGUCCUACUCUUAAAAGCUUUGAACUAGAAAUGUAAAUUGCAAAAAAUGUUUAGGCCAUUUUAGGUGGACUAACAUCAUGAUUUCAAAUUAGGGUAGAAGAGGUUGCCAACUCCUAGUUGGUGUGCCCACUUGUUAGGAACAACUGGUUUCUUAAGUUAAGCUUAAUUAGUGGCCGUUAAGUAAACAUUACUCGCGAAGAGUAAUCAAAUUGUAAAUAGUAGUCCUUGGUUACUUGCCUCAAUUAUUCUAAUCCUCUGAUUAAGAUUUUAAUGA